AUGUUUGCCAUCGUGACGAGUACGUUCUCGGCAGUGUCUAGCGCGACGUCGGCGCUGUCGCUGCGGUACGUGAUGGUGAUGACCGUUACUGUGGCCACCCAGCGACUCCUGUUGUGCGCGUUGCUGGCGGUGGCGUGUGCUUAUGCUGUCCAGGUGGUGGCUCGCUUCUACCGCAUGUGGAAGGCCCUGAGGCCGAUGGCCGGGCCGUCGGAUUGGUUUCCGCCGCUCUUCAACAUCCACUGCCUCAUCACUGGUGCGGCAAUGAAGAACGUGUUCAGCACAUCCACAGGUCUGUUUCACCUACUGGUUGGGAUGACACACUACUUCGAACGCGAGAGGAUCUUCAAGGCCUACCUGGGAUUCCAGCCCGUGGUGGUACUCUUCAAGCCAGAGUCCGUAGAGGCCGUGCUCAAUUGUUCGACGAACCUAAAGAAGCCCAUCCUAUACUCUCUGCUGCACGCCUGGCUUGGAAAGGGACUUCUCACCAGCUCCGGUUCCAAGUGGCGGUCCCGGCGGAAGAUGCUGACGCCAGCCUUCCACUUCCGCAUCCUGGAGGACUUCCUGCCCAUCAUGAACGAGCAGGGCGAGAUCUUCGCCAGGGCCCUCCAGGGACACACGCACGCCGUUUUCGACAUCACCAAGUUCGUGACGGCCUGUACGCUGGACAUCAUCUGCGAAACCGCCAUGGGAGUCAAGGUCAAUGCUCAGACGAACCCAAGUUCGGCCUACGUUAGCAAUAUUUACAGAGUGGGCAGCAACUUCAUCAACCGGGCGGUGCGGCCCUGGCUCUGGCUGGACUUCCUGUACCUGCUGACGCCCCAGGGACGCCUCUACCACCACGACAUCCAGGCCAUUCACAAGUUCACAAAGAAGGUAAUCCGUGAGCGGAAAGAGGUGAAGCUGGCCGAGCAGCGGCUCAUCGAGCCCUCGUCGGAUAUCAAAAAGAGGCCGAUGUUCCUGGACGUGCUCCUGGAUCACCACAUCACCGAAGACAGCAUCUCCGAGGAGGACAUCCGGGAGGAGGUGGACACCUUCAUGUUCGAGGGUCACGACACGACGUCUGCGGCCAUUUCUUGGUGCAUCUACCUGCUGGGCAGAAACCCCGAGGUGCAGAAGAAAGUCCAGGACGAGAUGGACGCCAUCUUUGCCAACGACAUGGACCGUUACGCGACGGUGGCGGACCUCAAAGAGAUGAAGUUCCUCGAGUGCUGCAUCAAGGAGACCCUGCGGUUGUUUCCCUCAGUCCCCAUCAUUGGCCGGGAGGUCCACAAGGAGUUUAGCGUCAACGGCAACGUAGUUCCUCAAGGCGCCAUCGUGGUGGUCUUUUCGUACAUGCUGCAUCGAGAUCUCCAGUCCUUCCCCAGGCCAGAGGAGUUCUUUCCUGAGCGGUUCCUGCCGGAAAACAGCUUGGGCAGGCACCCGUUUGCCUACGUCCCGUUCUCUGCAGGGCCCAGAAACUGCAUCGGCCAGCGCUUCGCGCUCAUGGAGGAGAAGAUCGUUCUGUCCAACCUCUUCCGGAGGUUCUCGGUCACGUCCCUGGUACCCCGACACAACCUCAAGCUUGCCGGGGAGCUGGUGCUCCGCAACCAGAACGGCAUCGAAGUGGAGCUCACGCCUCGCCAACCCCAUGCUCCUGCUGCCAUCGCCCAGGAUAAACCGUAGUCAUCCGCUCCGAACAACGGGACUUUCCUGGGCUCCUGUGUGAAGGCGUGGGUGAAAGUACGGAGCCUAAAACGGCGUCUCCGACUUCCGCUUACCGUGCCCUAAAAUGUGGUCUCUCGAUUUUCGCCUGAUGACGUCAUACAAGUGUGCCUGCCGCGGUCCUGGCGUUGGCACAAAUAGCGGAAGUGGAUGUGGCGGACGCCUGUUCUGCUGCAGGUCUCUCCCCAGCUUAAAAGUUCACGGAAGCUGCUGCAGCAGCCAGGAGUUAUGACGCCGCGACGACGGCGACACUCACGUUCGAUCGUCCUUCUUAGCGUAACUUCCAAGGCCAUCCGCCAGGAUCGCGACCUCCAACAUGGCCUGCCAACUCCUGCGACGUCAAUUCGUUGCCAUUUCGGAAACACCUUCGACCCGCGGGCAGCAUAGAACCCUAAACAC